AUGUCUAUUUUGAAUAAUGAUGCUUCAACGAGCUCGCUACACACUCAUCCGGUUUCUGAACGGAGGAGAAGUGGUUCCCCAUGUGAGGAUGUUCAUGGCACAGGUGUAGGUGUAGGUGUAGGUGUAGGUGUAGGAGUAGGAGUAGGAGUAGGGGUAGGGGAUUUGGAAACGCAGCCGCGUCGGCGUUCAAAUGUUUCUGGGCGGAGAGCUUUUCGCGAGGGGAUUCGUGCGGAGGAUCUGCAGGGCUUGGAGGGUUUGGAGGGCUUGAGGGGGGGUGUGGGUGUGGUUGGUGGUGGGAGGGAUGCGUUUCUUGGGGCGCGGGGGGAGUCCUUUGGGGGGGAGAUGGAAAGGGAUAAUGGAAAUACGACGAUUUCAUUUCCUCAGGCGGUAAAACCUGGGCCUAUUAGUACAAUUAGGGAAUUACCGAGCGAAUUCAAUACGCCGUAUUCGACACGUCCUCCUUCUCCUUCCUCGGUGGUUCAUACGCCUGGUCUGCAUUCUCAUGGAAAUGGAAAUGGCACAGGAAAUAGCACUCCUCGCGAAUAUUCCGAACUCCAAAUCGAAGAACCGUUGAGGAACCUGGCGGAAACUUCAUACCCAGAUGUCGGCAGUAUCAAGAGUCUCCGAGGAGCAUUGAUUCUCCUCACGACUUGUGGAGCACAGCUCAUGGAUAAUGUUUUUAUGACAGGGGUGAAUAUCAGUUUACCAGCCAUCCAAAAGGAAUUUGGAGCGAAAGCGAGUGAUUUGCAAUGGUUAAUCAGCGCAUACACAUUAACCUUUGGAGGAUUUCUCUUACUGGCCGGCGUACUCAGCGAUCGAUUUGGACGGAAACUUAUUUUUUGUAUAGGGAUGUUGUGGAUCUCAAUCUGGACCAUCGCCAACGGAUUCGCAACGUCGUUUAUCCAACUAGCCAUCUUCCGCGCAUUGCAGGGCAUCGGGGCGGCAAUGACGGUUCCGUCGGCCGUGGGCAUUAUCUCGUCGUAUUUCGUGGCGAAGGAUCGUACGAUUGCAUUAUCGUUCUUCGCGGCGUCGGGCGCGGUGGGUUUCUGCGCGGGUCUGAUUUUUGGUGGUUUCUUGACGGGGUCGUUGGGUUGGAGAUAUCUUUUCUAUGUUUCGGUGGCGCUGACGGGUUCGUUGGGUUUCUUGGGUCAGGCUAUUUUGCCGAAAGAUCGGUUGGAGGGUCAGGAGAAACCGAGCUUGGAUUUAUUGGGAGCGGGACUUUCGACGGGUGGUCUGAUUCUUCUUUCGUUUGUUCUAUCGAGUGGUGGCGUGUAUGGUUGGAGUAAAGCUUUCAUUAUCGUUUUAUUGAUCCUGUCGGUGGCUGUCCUGGGCAUUUUUGUAUAUGUGGAAAAGAGAGCUUCGCAUCCCAUCAUGCCGCUUUCUCUUUGGAAAAUUCAAAAUUUCGCCGCGUUGUGGAUUUCGGGUUUUGUAUGCUACGGCGGCUACCAAACCGUCCUCUACUACAUCGUGCUCAUCGCCCAAGAAGUGAACCAGCUCUCCCCGGGCACCACCGCCCUCUAUUUCCUCCCCAUGGGCCUAACCGGCUUCAUCUUCUCCAUGUCCGUCGGACCCAUCCUCGAACGCUACAACACCAAAAGCGUACUACUCCUCGGCAUGCUCAUGAUGAUGACAUCGCCGAUCCCGGCCGCGCUCCUAACGCGUACUUCCACCAGUUUCUGGACGCAUGUCCUGCCCACCUCGCUCCUGGUUGUUGCGGCCGUCACGAUUGUCUAUUGUGCUUGUACGAUUAUUUUGCUGUCGAGUGUAGAACAUGAUAUGAAGAGUCUUUGUGGGGGGAUGAUUAAUACGGCGUUUCAGAUUGGGUCAGGGGUGGGGUUGGCGUUGAGUAGUGCGGUGGUGACGGCGGUGGUGGAUGGAGGGGAGGGGGAUGGGGAUGGGGAUGGGAAGGAUAAUAUAGAGAGGUAUAGUACGGGGUUGUGGUUUUGUGUGGCGUUUGGGGGAGUGGGAUUUGUGGCUAGUGUGCUGGGGACAAAAGCAGCACAUGAAGCUGACUCGCCGAUUUGUUUACUACAUACCCAGAACUUUAUCGACAACCUGCGCAACACGCAAAGUUUCUCCCCAUCUAAGAUGGCGCAACGAAUAUUCAUCGCAUGCCACUCGAACCACGAUCAAAUCAAGCUUGCGAAUCACGCAUGUCAAACACAGAUUAGGAGAGACUUCGAUCCUCAGACCGACUAUAUUCGCUGGGCGGGAACAUUCGACGACGAGACACGGAUCAGGAAAUGUCAAGUGCUUGUUGACUGUAAUAUAGCUCUUGAUUCUUUCCGAGAAAAGGACCAAUUGUUUUGUUACUAUGUGAAAGCGGCAGACGGUGAGACUUCCCUGCAUGGAAUGAACGCACCACUAGGCCUAUUUGAACGCCUUCGAAAGGAUUACGCCUGGGGGGAAAGGGGGCCGGCUACGAAAGCUUGA